CCCUAGGCUCCUCUCCGCCAGGAAUCUGCCCAUAAGGCAGAGAUUUGGUCCCGUGCCACAUGGUUCUGUUUGCCUUCACUUGGUCCAAAGGACUCUGCGUCGUUUAACAGACAGACAGCACUCCAGGAGGUCAGAGCUCUGACCCCUGAUGAGGACAGUCAGGAGUGGAGCAAAGCGUCACGUGGUAUAGGGGAAAGAAGCAGAAUCAGGCGUCAGAGAGCUGUGUUCUCAGCCCCUCCUCUACCUUGAUUGGGUGACCUUGGACAAGUCAUGUUACCUCUCAAGACCUUGACUACCUAUAGAGGAGAAGUUCUCAGCAUUCCUACAUGUGUUCACCUCCCUGACCCACUUAUAGGUUGAUGCCGUUCUUUCAUAUUUGCCUUGGUUAAGAGUCCCUCUGGCCUUCUGUUGACUACAUCCUUUCAAAACUCAAGGUCAUUAGGGGGUUCCUAUGUAGCCAUAAAAGUUAAAUCACCCUUCUUCAUUAAGAACACUUGUCAAGAGAAUUUUCAGAAGGGAUUUCUAUCCCAGAAUUCAGCAAACUUUAUCGAGACCUAAUGUGCUCCAAGGACUGUGGAUCCAUCAAAGAAAACAGGAGAAAUGAAAGUGUAAAGAAAGAAUCCCAGCACAGUAUGGUGUGCAGUAAGAGGCCUUCGUGUGCAGUGCAGGGGAGGUAGUACGGGAGAGGUCAGCUAACUGUCUACAACUAUCAGACAGAGCUCCACCUGAGCGGGGUGUUGAAGGAUGAGCAGGAGUCUUUCCUGGUGGGGCAGGGGGCGCUGGUGAGGAAGAGGAAGUAUUUCAGGAGGAGGGAACAGCUUGUAAAAAGCACAGAAACAUGUAAGUGUAUAACAAGGUGACAUGUUCAAGAACUGCAGGUAAGUGGACUGUGCCUGGCGGUAAGCAUGCAACACCGAAGUGGCCAGAGAGGUGGGCAGGCGCCCAGAUAGUGCUGUGCCUUAUAGACUUUGCUCAGGCGUUAGAACUCUAUCCUUAGACAGUAGAGUGCAGUGGAGAGUUUUAGGCAAGGGAGUGACAUGAUCCAAAUUGCUGUUUGGAAAGAUAACCUAGUGGUUAUAUGGAGACAGCUUUGAUGAGCGUUAGGAAGUACUGCAGACAGAGACCAGUAAAACAGCCUUUGAUUAAUUAGAGUCUGGACGAGAGAAAUGGUGGAGUGGAUGAGUGUAACAGCCGUUCAAGGAGGAGAUUCCUAUCGCAGAGCCCUUGGCUGUAGGAUCUUCUAUUAUGUAAGUCGCCACCACAGAGUGGGUCUUCUCACCCCCGAUGGCCAGUGGACCCACUGAGUAUCCCCAAGCACAGCUCCAGCGGGCAAACUCAAGUCCUUGCCCGACUGCCGACCUAGUUCGCUUCGGUCUGUCUGCCUGUUGAGGGUUAGUCGCUACCUUCCCGAGCGGGGCUGGAACUCUCACCAGGAUUCUGAAACAACCAAGGGGGAUGUCGCCUUGGGCAUCACAAAAUCAUCCAAAGUCGUCAGUACAAAAUAGUGUUCGUUUACUUUUACUUAUAAAGGAAAUGUUAGGAGAGGAAAGAGCCACCAAGAUCAAGAUACAGGGUAUUAUUCUCAGGUUCUGAUCCCCAAUCCAAGGUAAAAGACUUCGGUUGGUUGAUAGGGCAAAACAUAAAAUGUCUGAGCAACGCGAUUUGUGUAGAGAAGCGCAUUCUACAAACGCACCAUCUAUAUCUUCAGAAUCGAGCUUUCCUUUUUGCACCAGAGGGGUCCCGAGGACAGAGAUCAGAUCCCUCCAAGGCGAGCGCCCCGACCCGCGAGCGGAGGGUGGGAGAAGUGCCCGCCUCCCUCUCCGAGUUUCCAUUGGCUGAGUUCCCCGUCGAUCCGCCAUGUCUCCACCCCGUCCUCCUAUCACCGCCGCCGACCGCCUCCCGGCCUGUGUUCUCAUUGGUCCUCCCGCAGCCGCUCUGCGCUGUGCGUUCCAGAGGCAGCCACUGAGAGUCGCUGCGUUCGGGUUUUAAAAAACGCCGGCAGUGGCUUGGGUGUGCGGCGGCUGCCGAGCACCGCUGACAGGGCAGCGAGUGGGGUCGCUCCCAGGCUCCCCCGGACGCCAGCCUAGUCCCCAGACCCCGAAGCCCGCCAUGGGCCCGCGCCGCCGGAUCCGCAAGCCCGAAACCCCGAGGAGGCGCGCCGCGAGCCCGACACCCGGCCGGCCUCGGCCCGGACCCCCCUCAGGCGCGUCCUCCCGUCCGUCUGGUCGCCGGAGGUCCACGAAGGUGCUGAGGGAGAUCCGAAAGCUGCAGAAGAGCACGCACCUGCUGCUGAGGAAGUACCCCUUCAGCCGCCUGGCAAGAGAAAUAUGUAUUACAUUCACUCGUGGUGUGGACUUCAAUUGGCAAGCCCAGGCCCUGAUGGCCUUACAAGAGGCAGCGGAAGCCUUUCUAGUUCAUCUCUUUGAGGACGCCUAUCUGCUCACCUUACAUGCCGGCCGAGUUACUCUCUUCCCGAAGGACGUGCAACUGGCCAGGAGGAUCCGAGGCAUUCAGGAAGGGCUCGGCUGAGCUCCUGCCCCCGUGUCUCUGAGCCUUCCUGCUCACCAGAGGAUGACACUCGGGACUCUGGAGCCAGGCCAGAUCCACAGACCACGAAGCACUGCGCAGACUUGCUGUCUCAGAGCAAAGUGUGCAUGUUGCUUUUGUAAUUGUUUUUUAAGAAGGAGAAGACUGGGUGGCUUUCCUCUGUAACAGGAGUAAUAUAUGAGAAAAUCAACACACUUCCAAAGGCCUGAGAAUUAUUUUCACAUAAAGAGACUCCAAGGUUGACUUCAGUUUGCAAUUUAUUCAUAGGAUUGUUUGAUGAUUUUGAAGACAUCAGACUUUCUGGGUUUAUGGGAGAAAAGGAUAUUUAUUAUUUUAGAUCUUUCUGUACCAUUUAAAUUUUUUACCAUAUGUAUAUUUACUUUUAUUUAAAACAUGAGAAAAAAUAGGAGAAGCCCACUUCAGUCAGUUGUGUGGAAGAGCCUGGCAGGUCUGGCAUACAAUCUCUAUCCUUCGGAUUAAUCUCAUCAUUAGUGGCAGCGGCAAGUUCCUAUGUGAACUGUGCCUGUAAACAAAUUAUAGCUUCUCAAAAACUCACUUGGGGUUAAAAGAAAUCUUUAAGAUUUGAUGUUCUGGUUCCUUCUAGUAAAUUCCUAUCAAAAUCAUUCAGAAAUUCUAGCUUGCAGAAUUUAUUAUUUUUAACCAUAGACGAUGUAUCAUAAUUUAUACUUUAGUAUUUUCCAUUCCAGGAUUUUAAGGUGCCUCUUCAAUGUUUUUACAGUACUUUUGUAAGUUUUUUAUGGAGAUAAUAAAAAUAAUCUUUAAUGAAAAAAAUUUAAAACAAAGUUACUGUUACAGCGUUCAGAGACUAUACUGUAUUGUUUGUGCAUUAACGUCAAGCUCUUUGUUUGUACACUGUUUGCAAACAGCCACAAUUUAAACAAGAAGAGAAUUGAGUGAUGUGUUUUUGCCUCCAGUGGAGUAGAAUAUGAGCCGUUCAGAGCCUUGCCCUUCUGCUGUAACUGCAAGCAGUUUGAGAGAUUCCCAGAGAAAUGGGAAGUGCCACUGGGAGAUUUUUAGAUUUUGUGUGUGGUGAAAAUGUGAGGGGGGACUACGAAUAAUGAUGUGUCAGUCAACUGAAUUCUGAGACCAGCUAAAGGAAAGGACCAAGUUCUGUUGUUUAAUAAAUUUUAAUCCUUUGGAAAAACCUCUUUGUGUUCAGCAUCAGCUCCUAUUUACGCAACUAAAUAAACGAUCAAUUAAA